CUAUCAGAAGCUCUGCAACAGCAGGAGUGAUUAGAGACUAAACCCAAAACCAAAGCCAAAACCUUUUGACUGAGAAAUGGAUUUACCGCCAAUGAAAAACCCAAUGGACGAUUUGUUCGGCGAAGAUUCAGACAACGACUCUCGAUCUUCACGUUCCAAAUCCUCCUCUUCCGGUAACGCUUCUUCUUCCUCCUCCUCCUCUUCCUCGUCUGGUUCAGCUUCCUUAUCGGGAGCUUCUUCAUCCAAAGGCGGAGAUGGAGAUAAUAAUGGUAAUGGUGCUGAUUCCAGGAGUUCAAGUGAUAGCGGGAAAGAAGAGGAUGGAGAUGAUAGAGUAGAUAGCUAUAGGAGCAAUGAUAAUGGAGAUAGUGGUGGAAUCUACACUUACGAACAAGAACAAGAAGUUGAUGAUGUUAAAGAUCUUUUUGGGUCUGAUAAUGAAGAGUAUACUAAGACACCUGCUUUAAGCACUUACCCAAUCCCUGUUUUGCCUGCGGGAUGGAGUAAUGACAACUAUGGUGGGAGGGGAGGGAUGGGACGUGGUGGUCGAUGGGCAAAUGGGAGAGGAGGAGCUGGGCUUCUUCCUAGGCCUGGGCCUUUCCCUGGAGGUGGACGUGGUGGCCGUGGUGGGUUUGGUGGGAGGUACCAGAAUUAUCAGCGUGAUGAGCGUUUUGUCUCUGAGCUUAAACUUUCGAAAAGCAAAGAGACUUUGUCUAGGAAAUCUACAGUCUUUCAGGAGCCUUGUGAGCUUACUAGCUACAGUCGUGUAGAAAGUGGAGAAGUGUUCUUUGAUGAGCGAGGUUUGAGACUUUUCAAGCGUCAUGUUUCGGAAGACAUUGGAGCGGAUUUGAAUCAAGGUUAUGAUACUUUUAUUGCGAAAAGAGAUCUGGGCUCUGAGGGCUUUGGUGACCUUCUUGACAGCAUUAGAGCAAAAAACAUUUCGUUGGAGAACAUUCAUUUUGUGACAUUCCGUAAUAAUCUGAACAAGAUACUGGGUGCUGCUUACAAUCGCCAUGAGCCAUGGGAAAUGGGUGUGCAUAAGAGGAAUGGAACCAUAUAUUUGGAUGUGCAUAAACUGCCUGAAAGGCCACAGAGUGACUUGGAUCGCCGCAGAUGUUACUGGGGUUAUUGUUUCGAAAGCCUAGCCACGGAAGAUCCAGGAAGAGCUUAUGGGGAAGAAAUACAUCACGUGGAUGCAAAUGUUGAGUUCUGUUCCAUUGUCAAAACUAAACUCGGAGCUCACCGGGUUCUGAUGGGUGCUGAAAUGGAUUGCUGCGACGAAACUGAUGAAGGAAGGAGGAUCUAUAUAGAGUUGAAAACCUCUCGCGAGUUGGAUGAUCGUACCGUAGAGAGAUAUGAGAGAGAGAAACUGCUUAAGUUCUGGAUACAAUCAUUUGUAGCAGGAGUGCCAUAUAUUCUCGUUGGGUACAGAGAUGAUGGAGGGAGACUAGUACGCACAGAGAGACUAAGAACCAAAGACAUCGCACAUAGAGCCAGACUGAAAAACUAUUGGCAGGGAGGAGUGUGCUUGGCAUUUGCUGAUGAGGUUCUUUGCUGGCUAUACGGCACUGUUAAAGAGAACGAAGAUUACACACUACAGUUCGUGCAUCCAUUCAUGAGGCUAGAGCUUCUUCAAGCUCAGUCUUGUCCUGACUCCAUCACUAACCAUGUUCACCUUCUUCAACACCCAUCAUCACCACCACAGUAACUCUUUAAUGGAAUCUUUAUAAUCUUGUAGUACUUAGUUUUCCAAAAUCAAAUUUUCUUCUAUUACAAAGUUUUUGAUUUUGGAUUCCUCUUGUAACUUAUAUAUUACUACCACCAACACAAACAAUGAAAGAAAAAAAAAUCCACUUUCUAAGGAUAUUUAUUUUUGGUUCUUCCACCAAUGAGUAAAUGAGAAAAUGAAUCAAACCUUAACUCUGUUCAAGCCAUGCCACGUGAGUAUCACGUGUACCGGAGACCUAAUUAUAUUUCAGCAACUUUCCCGUUU